AUGGACAGCGUCCCGGGCCCCUCCGCCCAAUCCGCCCGCCGGCGACGUCUAAAUCCCAGCCCUAAACCCCUCAUCCCCGACGCCCCCACGGGCCCUCCCAUCGCCGCCUCCCCAGGCUCUCCAGGUCGUCGGGGGCCACCUCAAGAACCCAGCCCGCAACCCCGGAUCUCUGCCACCCCCGCCUUCGCCGCCUUCCCGGACCCUCCAUCUCGUCAUCGACUACCUCAAGAACCCAGCCCACAGCCCCCGAUAUCCGCCACCCCCGCAGCGGCCGCAGCCGCCGUCUCCCCGGGCCCUACUAUCUCCACCACCCCUACAGCAGCCGUUGCCGCCCCACCGGGCCCUCCAGGUUGUCGUGGGUCCCCUCAAGAACCCAGGCCCCGACCCCCGAUCUCUACCACCCCCGCCUUCGCCGCCUCCCCGGACCCUCCAGCUCGUCCUCGACCACCUCAAGAACCCAGCCCACAACCCCCGAUAUCCGCCGCCACCACCGCAGCCGCCGCCGCCUCCCCGGGCGCUCCAGGCCUCCAGCCACCUCGGAAUCCCAUCCCGCAAACCCCGGCAGCCUUUUCAGACCCGGUGACUCUCUUGAUCAAGGAAUGGGCGGACUGCCGUGCACUGUUUUCGCCCGGGGGUGCUAAGAUCGUCGCCAUCAUUUCAAAGAAUUUUUCUCAACGCGAUCUCCCUCUCUUAGAGGAGUUGAUGAACGAGGAGUUGGCCAGGCCGCAGGAACUCCAGGAUUUUGUGGUCGCCAACCCUGAAAUCAUUCCUGAGCUACGGACGAAAAGGGCGAGGCUUCUCGCGAUGCUCCGGGCUGGCUCUAAAAGUCUUCAUCAGCCACCUCAUCAACCUAGACCACAACCCCGGAUCUCCGCCGUCCCUGCAGCCGCCGCCGCCUUCCAGGGCCCUCCAGGUCUUCGUGGGCCCCCUCGACAACCCAGCCCCCAACCCGUGAUCUCCGCCAUCCUCGCAGCCUUCGCCACCUCCCCAGACACUCAAAUCCUCCAGCCACCUCCGGAUCUCAUGCCGCUAUCGCCGCCAAGCCCUUCCGACCCGCCGGACCGCGCGGGAGCUCGACAGCAAGAUCACAGAGUGCAAUAA